AUGUCUGAAUUAGAAGAGCUCUAGUAAGAUUUAGCAGAAAUCUAAUAAGUACUUUCAACCCUCAAACGUAAAUCUAAUAUUGAUUACUUAAAUACUCGAAUCAAAUAUUUAGAAAACUCUAUUAAAAUACUAACUCCAUAAAAAGUUGAAUAACCAUAAUAAAAGGAUUAGGAGACUAUAUAAUACUAAGGAAUUACAAAGUAUGCUUGGGAUUAAGAAGGGAAUAAAGUCAAAGUGUUUUUGAAUUUGGAGGGAAUUGGCUAAUUGCCUAAAGAAGAUAUUAUUUCAUCAUUUACUUCAAAUAGUGUUGAUAUCAAAAUUAAAGGCUAUAAAGGUGUUAAUUAGAGGUAAAGUUUAUUAAAUAAUUUUAGAUUUUCUAUUAGGAAAACAUUUGAUGAAUUAAAAGAUAAGGAAUGUUCUAUCAAAGUAACUAAUAAUUCAGUUGUCAUCAAUUUAAUUAAGAAAGACCAAAAGCAUUGGGAUUAAUUGAACUUUAAGGAUAAAAUAGUAAAUAAUUAAUGAAUAUGAAGAUUGAUACAGACCCAUCUAAAUUAGAUAAAUAAGAUCCAUAAGCAUCUUUAAUGAAUAUGAUGAAAGAAAUGUAUUAAAAUGGUGAUGAUGAUAUGAAACGAACUAUAGCAUAAGCUUGGUCUAAAUCAUAGGAGGAAAAAGGUUUCAAAUGAG